UGGUUACCCGUUUUCCAUACUUCUUCCAGAAAGACUACAACUCCCAGAAACCCAUUGGCUUUGGACAUGGCGGUUUUCUGAUCGGAGUGUUUAAGUAUACUGUUCUCUGUGAAGGUGGAGUGAGAAAGGGCAGGUGCCUUCAGGAUUGCUGCAGGGCAACUGUUGCCAAGGGCGCAAUUCCAGGAUGCUGCGUCGCAAGCCAACCCGCCUGGAGCUGAAGCUGGACGACAUCGAGGAGUUUGACAGUGUUAAGAAAGAGCUCGAGAGCCGAAAGAAACAGAGAGAUGAAGUGGAUGUGGUAGGAGUGGCCACGUCUGGAGAAGUGGGAGGAGCGACAGGUGGCAGCAGUGAUGGGAAGACUCGGGAGCAAAUGAUCAAUGAGCGGAUUGGCUACAAGCCCCACCCUAAACCAAAUACCUUGCCGUCCCUCUUCGGAAACCUGCAGUUUUAGUGACUGUUGUCCCUCUUCAAGGAAAUGUAGCCUGGACAGCACCAUAGCUCGAAAAGGGGGUUCUUGGAACACCGGUAUCAGGUUUGCACAUUGACUUAUUUUGACUUUUUAUAAUGCUUUUUUUUAAGUUUGUCUGAGGGCUCCUAGGGUUUGCUGGAGGUCUGAAUCCCUCUUGCUGUUAUACCUCCAGUAAUGCAUAUUAAGGAUGCCUCAAGAUUUGUGCUAAACAUUUUCAUGUUCACAUGUAAAAGCACCCCAGAGUAAACCAACAACAUUACUUGGGUGUGAAG